GUCGCAAAAAUAAGCUAAAUUCUGACAGGAGGCUCUUGUUUAAUGGGUGUACCACUGUUUAGCAGAGGUAGAGGAUAGGCUUUUGUGACUUACAUGGCAACAGUGCUGCAUGACCACCGGCGCUCAGUGACAGCUGGUCCAUUUGAAUUGACGGGCCUGGUCCCGGAGCCCCAUUGGCCCACGGAGUCAUCAAUCUCGGGUGGCAGCUCCGCCCAUUGUCCCCGUCGCGGCAUGGAGAAAACCCUUUGAAGUCGUGAGGGCGGUGCGGAGCAAAUUAUGCCAUGUGGUGCUCCAGAGCUGCACUUCCAUUGGACAACGGGGACUCACGGUAACGCCCAUUUGUGAAGGAUACUCUCUCUGAUUGGCUAAACCGGCCACCCCAGAUUCACAGCGUGCGCGUUCACGGCUUUGCUAUUCUCCGUUGAGGUUUGCGUCAGGAGCGUGAACUCCUCUAACAGUUCCUGUAACGCUUUACGGCAGCGACGUAGAUAAUGUGCGCAGCGACAAAGACUGCGAGCCCGAAACCUAUGGGGAAGGAAUAAAAAAAAAAAAUCAGUAUCGUCGCACUGUUCCUAAAGACCAUCAUUUUCCGAGCAGCUCACUGCCCCUGGGUCUCGGCUAAGACACGGGAAUUUGACAGCGGUGGGACCGGAUUUUGAGUGCGCGUGAAGCCGGUGAAUCCGUUGUAGAGGGCUGAUUUUCCGGUGGACCGUCUGUAGGCUAAGGGUACAGCGAGGGAGCCGCCAUGGCCGUCGGAUCAUUGAGCCUCCACAUCGGGAUAUGAAGAGGAACUGCAUGUGUCCCGAAUCGACGAGAAAACGCCGCAUUCAUCUGUCCUCCGCGCCGGACCCACAUCCGAACUCGUGAAAUUGAUCCCACACCCACCGAGAUAUCGCAUUUGGUUUUAAACAGGGGGGCCACAGGGAGAGGCCAGAUUCAUGACUAUUUUAGUCGGAGACGUGUCUUCAAAGGCCCGUUGAGAGAAAACCUGGAUUAUAAGGAGGAAACGAUGCUCUGAUUGACUGUACGUGGGAAAGAAAGGGUAGUUUAUUAGGUGAUACCAAGUAGCGUGGAGGAUCGUGGGAUAAAAGGGGGUGUCUUUUCUGACUGUCCUCCCUGUGAAUAAUAGUGACAUUACAUAUACUGUCAUCCUUUUUUGGAUGAGAAGGUCCGGCGGAUCGUUCAGCGCUGCCGUUUAACAAGCCACAGUCUCCCGAGUCGAGAGAAUCAAAAGGGAUUGGAUCAUGUCGGGUCGGCCCAGGACCACAUCCUUCGCGGAGAGCUGCAAACCAGUGCCGCAGCCUUCUGCUUUCGGCAGCAUGAAAGUCAGCAGGGACAAAGAUGGCAGCAAGGUAACGACAGUCGUGGCCACUCCAGGCCAGGGUCCCGACCGGCCACAGGAGGUGAGCUACACAGACACUAAGGUCAUCGGCAACGGCUCCUUUGGCGUCGUCUACCAGGCCAAACUCUGCGACUCCGGAGAGCUGGUGGCCAUCAAGAAGGUCCUGCAAGACAAGAGGUUUAAGAACCGUGAGCUGCAGAUCAUGAGGAAGUUGGACCACUGCAACAUAGUGCGCCUGCGCUACUUCUUUUACUCCAGUGGAGACAAGAAAGACGAGGUGUAUCUGAAUCUGGUCCUCGACUACGUUCCUGAGACGGUCUACAGAGUGGCCAGACACUACAGCCGAGCCAAACAGACCCUGCCCAUGGUUUAUGUCAAGUUGUACAUGUACCAGCUGUUCAGGAGCCUGGCUUACAUUCAUUCGUUUGGUAUUUGCCAUCGGGACAUCAAACCCCAGAAUCUGCUGCUUGAUCCGGAGACGGCUGUUCUCAAACUCUGCGACUUUGGCAGUGCUAAGCAGCUGGUCCGUGGAGAACCCAACGUGUCCUACAUCUGCUCUCGCUACUACCGAGCCCCCGAGCUCAUCUUCGGCGCCACUGACUACACCUCCAGCAUAGAUGUGUGGUCAGCCGGCUGCGUACUGGCAGAGUUGUUGCUAGGGCAACCAAUCUUCCCUGGUGACAGUGGAGUGGAUCAGUUGGUGGAAAUUAUCAAGGUCCUCGGCACCCCGACCCGAGAGCAGAUCCGCGAGAUGAACCCCAACUACACUGAGUUCAAGUUCCCCCAGAUUAAGGCACAUCCUUGGACUAAGGUGAGUCAACAGGUGUUCCGGCCACGCACGCCCCCGGAGGCCAUCGCUCUGUGCUCCCGCCUGCUGGAGUACACGCCCACGGCCCGCCUCACCCCCCUAGAGGCCUGCGCGCACUCCUUCUUCGACGAGCUGCGCGACCCCAACGUCAAACUGCCCAACGGGAGGGAGAAGCCCUCGCUCUUCAACUUCACCACCCAGGAGCUAUCUAGUAAUCCCUCUUUGGCCUCCAUACUCAUCCCUGCCCACGCCCGAAGCCAGGCUGCAGCCUCUACCCCAACCAAUGCCUCUGCCACCACAGACGGCAGCAGCACAGAGCGAGGUCCCACCACCACCACCGCCGCUGCCUCGGCCUCCAACUCCACCUCCUGAGCCCGCAGACCGCCCCGCCCCGCCCCGGCCUCAGCCCCAGCCCACAGCCUCUCCAUUGCCCUUGGCCAGGGGGGUGAGCUCUGCCCAGCUCUGCUCUGCUCUGCUCCCCCAGACAGCAGCGGAGCGACGCUGAAGCAGUCCGGGUUCAACAGCUAACCGACAGCCCCGCGCCACGACCACAAACCAAGCAUCCCCAACCGGACCCCUUCGAACCCUCCGACCGGCCUCCUCACACACACACACACACACACACACACACACACACACACACACACACACACACACACACAGCUGUUUGAACUCCAUCCUCCGUCAAAGACAUGUCUCUCCGGGCCCUUUCAACAGGGAAGCGAAUCGCAGGGCCAGAGGUGUUGUCGGCUGUACUAUUGAUAAAAGUACACUGUACAUGUAUACACAAUGCUAGCCUGUUGUUUGUAAGAGGACAAUCUGUAGAAAAGUCCUAAGCUGUUCCCCUCUCUCCUCCCCCUCCCCCCAUCUGGCCUCACCCGUUUGCCUCCCCCACAUUUUUCCAUUUUUCUGCAUCCUCAUCCUUUGACCUCUGUGUCCCCUGGCCGAUUCCCCCUCUUCUUCCUCCUCCUCCUCCUCCUCCUUUGGUUCCUUCUGUAGUGCAUGGCCUGAGUAUGGUAGGAUCACCUGGGGGGUCGCCACGCCCUCUCAUCUCCACUUCCCCGCAGACAAGGCAUGAGGCUCGCGCACGCGUAUACACACAAACACACAAACACGCACACACGGACACAUCCUCACACACAUGGAUGCAUGACGUAUGUGGAAAGAAGCCGUCUACUUGUGGGGACACUUUAAUUUUUCUGUUUUGUUUUGUUUUUUUUGUUUUUUUUGCCUGGGGUUGUUUUUAACUGGUUGGCGAGCUGUUUUACCUUCUUUUUAAUGUUUUUUUUUUUUUUUGUACUCCUGGGCUUUGUUUUUUUUUUUUUUUUUUCUUUUUUGGAUUGACACGUGCGAUGGAUGUGACAUGUAUCUGGUCCUGUGUGCUUGUAUAAUAUAUAUAUAUACAUACAGUACAAAAAAAACAAAAAAAAAACAAACACGCAUACAUACACAGUUUAUAUAUUACUUUUCCUUAUGUAUAAAAAGUAUAUAUAGAUAUAUGUAUAUUAACUACAAUGGUUCAGAAAUCAUUUAUGGUGAGCUCAUAUCUGGCAGAGCAGUGGCAAUAUUUGCUGCUGCCUAAAGACAAUAGAUAUAGAGAAGGUGGUGUUUUAUUUUAUUUUGUCUCUUUUUUUUUUUUUUUUUGCUGGAGUGUGGUUAGAUUCCAGCGGCUACUCUCUCUCCUCGUUCUCCUGUGUUGUCUGUAUUAAGGCUGUAGAUGGAUUUAGGGCAUCGCUCUAUCCCCCACCCCCCCUCCCCGCCCGCCCCUCCCGUCUUUGUACCGACUCUGUCUGCAACAGUGUGUUCUGUGACAGUGCAGCGUCCAGGCGAACAUGUUCUCCUCUCGCCUAAAUCUUCCUCUUUUGUUGUUUUUUUUUUUUUUUUUUGUUUAUCCGUCUCCGUGAAGAAUCACUUUUCCUCGACCCCUUGAGAAAGUCCCCAGCCGUCGUCUCUCCAGCGCCGCCGGCUGCCUCGUACGUGUUGUGACCACUGACUCCAAGUGUUAGGCUAUAGCGUCCUCCCUCCUCCUCCCUCCUCCUCCUCCUUUUCCGCCUGGAGCACAUAGAGCCACUCGGUACAGUCUGUCCAAUCGUCUUAUUUACAGAGAAUACUCACUACAUUAAAAAGAAAAAAAAAAUAUGAAUGGAAAAAUACUAAAAAAAAAAAAAAAAAAAAAAACAAGAGAAAAACUGAAUUUGUAUAUACAGUAUAAAUGCUCCUCACCAAAAUUCUGUAUGACUUGUAUGUUGUUUUUUUUUUAUGUUGAUUUAUUUUUAUUUCCAUGUUGUAUUCAAGGUAUGUAUAUAUGCAGACCCAUGUACUGUUUAUGAGCAAAAACAAAGACAGCGACAGAGGGUGGGGAAAGAAAUGGAGGAAAAAAAAAGAGAAAAAAAAGACAGAAUCAGGGCAAAACUGAUGUUGUUUAUGGAUAUUGUAGAUGAUGAUCAGCUUUAUCCAGCCAUAUGUCCAAUCUUACCUGUACAGUACAGUAGAAGACAGCUGUAUUAUUGUAACAAGAACUAGUCAUGUAUAGUGUAACUAUAGUUUGGAGUGCCUUUGCUUUCAUACACCUUCGCCUUGUUUCCGCACCCCUCACCCGACCCCUGCCAUCGCCCCCUCCUCCCAUCACCACCCGCCCCACCCUCACCCUGAUAUUGUGACUCUCCCUUCGGUGCUGUUGAAUGUCCUGCUAUCCUGCAACACGCUAAAAAGUUUUCCCCCCUUCUUCCACUUGCACAUGUCCCCCCCCCCCCCCCCCUUCUCUUCAUUGCACACUUAAUGUAAUAUACAGACAUUGUUAAUUGUAAGGAUAUCUUUCCUUAACUGAAGUAGACAAGUGUUUAUUUUAAUAGAUGUUUUAUCUCGGACACACAUGUAUACCACAGUCCUGGACUCCGGGGCAUGAAGUGGGUGGGGGUGUUGUGGAUGGCAGCAGGGGUUUCAAAGAAAAAAAAAAAAAAAAUUAAAAAAAAAAAGGCAUCAUAUACUGUAUAUAAACAAUACAGUUUCUGUAUCACUCACAGUGUUGGUUCUGUUACCAAAGCCAAACUAUUAUGUAGUCGUGAUGAGUCAUCCUCAGAGGCAAUAACUCGUCUUCUUAUUCUUCUCUGGAUAUUUUGUUGUUUUCCCCCUGUCCUCUUGCUUGCUUCUCGUCCCGACACUUCUCAUCCAGAGGGGGGUGGUUGUGGGGUGGGGUGGGGGGUUUCAGUAGCACCUAAAGGGGUCGAGUCAUGUAGCCUUUCUCCUGCCUCCCCGCUUGCAGUAACUUUGCAUUCAUGAACGUGUCGCCGCCCUCCAUCAGAAGGUUUGACCACCUCACCCUACCCCUAACUCCUUCAGCAACAACACCACAAAGGUUACCAAAAAAAUAAAUAUUAAGAAAGCAUAUAUGCUAGUAUUAUAUGUUAUACUAGCAUAUAUGCUAGUUGGAUACACUAACUGGGUUAAACUGGGGUUAGAGAAAAGGAAAAAUCUAAGAAAAUGCUACAAAAACAUCCUGUAUAACAGUACUACUACUUGAAUGCCUCUGUUUGUGACUGAAAAUUUUCUUUCUUUUUUUUUGUUCUUUUUUUUUUCCUUUUUGUUCUGUGAAGGUAUGCUAAAUGUGCGCCUCUGUAAAUAUUCCCUCUGCGUGCUCCGAGGAAUAGUUCCCUGGUACUGUAAUUUGCAUUAAAUAAAGAGUAGGAUAGCCUGGAAAUGAUCAAGAAA